AUGAAGCUUCAGUGCAUCGCUUUUCUCUGGAUCAAAAACUCCCCUCUGUUGGAUUUACCUGUUGGACACUUCACCAUGGGGUCGACGUCCGACAAAGCUAUUGAUGUCCCUGAGCCUGAGGACAAGUCUGAGGACCAGCCUGUGGUUUCCAAGUCCAAGGCUAGUGUGGAUCCGUGGCCUCCUUCCCUGCUGUUCCACAAUGGAUGCCCUCUGCUGAACCACGGAGGAAUAGCGCGCACUCUCUGGGACAUUAUUGUCAACGUGGCCACCCUCUACAUCGCCAUCAUCGUGCCCUACGAGAUCACCUUCAUGAGAGCCAACCUGGCAAACCGACCCACCCUGGGGCUGGACACCAUCAUGGAGAUCUUCUUUGUCCUGGACAUCUUGGUGAACUUCCGGACCAGCUAUGAAGUGGAGGAGGUACUGGUGACCGACAGCCGCUCCAUCUGCGUGCGCUACGUGAAGUCCUGGCUCCUCAUUGACAUCAUCGCCGCCACUCCCCUGGACCUGCUCCACAUCUUCAACAUCCAUGUGAUCGACAUGAUGCACCUGAUGAAGACCGUGAGGCUGGUGCGGCUGGUGCGGCUGAUCAAGAAGCUGGAGAAGUACUCGGCCAACAGCACCUUGGUCCUGUCCAUCCUGAUGUUCUCCUUCACACUGAUCGCUCACUGGGCCGCCUGUGUGUGGUACGAGAUCGGCCUGUUCGACCUCGGGACGUCGCACUGGCACGCGGGGUGGCUGGCCCAAAUGGCAGAGAGGCUGGAGCGGUCAUACAUGGCCAACAGGACAGGGGGUCUCUCGGAGGCAGAUGCCUACACGGGGGCCUUGUACUUCACCGUGAGCAGCAUGACGACUGUGGGCUUUGGGAACAUCAGUCCCCAAACCAAACCUGAAAAGUGGUUUGCCACCUGCCUCAUGUUGUCUGGAGUAAGUAAGUAA